GGCGGCGGGGCGGCGGGGGUCCCGCGGCAGAGCGCCAGCGAGCGGGAGAAGCUGCGGAUGCGGCGGCUGGCGCAGGCCCUGCUGCGGCUGCGGCACUACCUGCCGCCCGCGCUGGCGCCCGCCGGGCAGACCCUCACCAAGAUCGAGACCCUGCGCCUCGCCACCCGCUACAUCGCCCACCUCUCCGCCCUGCUGGGGCUCGGCCGCGGCGCGCCGGCCCCCCGACACUGUCCCCUGUGUCCCCGGGGCCUGGGGUGCUGCCAGGACACGGAGCCCCGCGAUGCUUCGCCGCCCGGCGCCGCGGGCUGGGGCUCACCCGCCGUGGCGGGGAUGCCCCCGGAGCUGCACGGGGCCCCCGGCUUGGGGACGGCCUGGGGGUCGCCUCUCUGCAGCCCUGCUGCGGGCACUGCCCCAGAGGUGCUUGGGGGUCCAGAGCUGGCGUUAGAGACCUGGGGGUCACCCCCCUACACCCCUGCUGCAGGGACCCUCCCAGAUGCACUUGGGGGUCCCAACAUCGGAAUGGAGACCUGGGGGUCUCCCUCCUACAUCCCUGCAACCGGGACCCCUCCAGAGGUUCUUGGGGUUCCCAACAUCCAGACGGAGACCUGGGGGCCACCCCCCUACAUGGCUGCCAUGGGGACCUCCUCAGAGCUGAACAAGGCUGUCACCUCCCCUGCGUCACCCUGGCUGACCCCUCCCCACUCUGCAGGGGCUGUGGCCCCCCCGGAUCUCCCUGGUGAUGUCCUGGACACGGGACUGGUGCUGUCAGAGAUCGUGGGCACAGGGACAGUCACCCAGGAUCUCUCUGCGGACCUGCUCUCCCUGCUGGAGGCCCUGUUCCCAGCACAGCCCCGGCACUGACCCGGGUGAGUCCCCGGGCCUGGAGCACCCCGAUGCCCGUCUGGAGCCCUGCAGCUUGGGGACACGCUGGCCUUGGGACAGCUGCAGGAACGAGCUGCCCCGUCGGAGCCCGGAGCCGUGCUGGACGCGCCGGGUGGCGGCGGCUGGAUGUGA